AUGAGGCAUAAAAGAAGCAACCAAGUGAAAAUUCCCCUGAACGGAAACAGUGCCGACAGUGACCAUAAGACGCAGAACACGAAGAGGAAAAAAACGGAGGGAGCGUCCGAGAAUGUGGCGGAGAACGUGGCGACGAAAGGGGCGGCGAAAAAGACGCAUAGACCAAAUGACCCGAAUAGAAAAUUGAACAUCCUCUUUUAUGGGAACAGAAAUAUAUACCUGAAAGAUAUUCACAAUUUUAUCAUAAACCUCCGGAUCGAAAAAUUUGUUCACAAAAAUGACCUGUUUAUCGUGAAAAAUAGUGAUUGCGUAAAUAAUUUAAUCGUAGUGAUAGUCCCAAACUUGUCCAGUUGGUUCAUAAGGGACAUUUCUGCCAGCGGUGUUUUUUCCAAACUGCAGAGGAACAACAACUUUAGGAAAAUAUACACCGAAAAUUGUUUUAAAAAUAAUUACAGCAGUUUAAUUUUAAAAGCGCUAAGUGUGCCCGUGAUGAAAAAUAAAGGAACAAAUUAUAACUCCCCCGGGGAUACCUUCUACAUCGAAAAUUAUUUACUUAACAAUGAGCAGAUGCUGCUGAAUAGGUACCCAAAAAAGAACUGUGAAGAGUACCUUAGUUUCGAAAACAUUGAAUAUGUGAAGGUGGACAAAGGAAUAACCGACAUGCGAUCCUAUUUAAACAAGACAAUGAAUACCACCACCAGUAUCAGUCCUGAUCGGAAUGGCAUCCCAGAUGGAUUAGCACAUUCUGACAAGACGACCUUACCUGUCACAGAACCGGUAGGUGCCUCACCACAGGGGAAACACCCAAAUGGGGAAACCACAGACUCGGAACAGCCCAUUGAAGAGACGAAAAAUAUCUUCACCGAGGAACAUAUAACGAUGUAUGCCCAGGUGUUGGAGAAGCUCCUUAGGGCCUCCCAAAAGGCACCACAAAAAAAAAAGGGGCAACGUACCCAAGCAAGUGAUCCAAAGGAAAAGGAAAAAACGGAGUCGCUAAACGAGUCCGAUGAGGAGAAACACCAGAAGGACGAAAUUUUAAACGGAGGAGAGAACGGAAAUGGAGACGGGGCCACCGACGUGCCUCUGCAAAAUGGGGAGGUGAAUGGAGGGCUCAGGACUUCGAGUGAGGAAGGCGGUCGGAGUGGAAUCACCAACGAAGGACGAGAUGAUGCCAGCUGCUCUAAUGCCCCCAACGGCUCCAAUUCCCCCAAGUGCCAACCGCCCGUCCAGUUCGACCUAGACAACAUUUACAGCAUCGACUGCGAGAUGUGCGAAACGAUAAAUAAAAAAAAAGAGCUCACCAAAAUUACGGUUGUCGAUGCGUACAUGAACAUAGUCUACGACUCGUAUGUCGUGCCGGACAAUCAAAUCACAAACUACUUAACUCCCUACUCGGGCAUAAGUGAAAGUACACUGCAAAAUGUGCAUACAAAAUUGAAAGAUGUACAGGAAAAUUUGAAAAAAAUUUUUAAUAAAAAAUCCAUUUUAAUUGGACACUCCCUAGAGAAUGAUUUUCACGCACUGAGAAUUCACCACGACCACGUCAUUGACACUUCCGUGGUUUACUCUAACUCAGCCUACUGCUUUUUGAAGCCCUCUUUGUUUAACCUGUGCCAGCGCCACUUGGGCAUCACUAUGAAGCGAGAAAAGGGGCACAACUCGAUUGACGACGCGAAGAUAAGCAUGUUCCUCGCGCUGAAGAAGAUGAGCGAGUUUGACACGGCCGAUCCCCUCUACCAGUACCAGCCUCUGCCCGGCUUCCUUAACCCGGAUAACUUCACCAACGUGAAGGGAAGCAUCAUAUACAACGGCAGCGUGAGCCACAAGUAUGAGAAGAACCUGUGCAUAUAUGACGCGAAGAACGAAUACAUAGAGGAGAAGCUGCCCAAGCAAUUUCUAAAAAACUGCUUCCACUGUCCAUGCGAAAAUGACGACGAGUGUGUAGAAAACGUAAUCAUGAAUAUCAAAAAUAAAAAUAAAAUAAAAAAUUACCUACUCAUAUUAAGAGAGUACGAAAAUCUGUGCAAUCGAAAAAUUUACACUUGUGUAAAAAAUGCCAAGGAGGAAAAUUUCAAAGUCGAUGCAAAUGGUGAGCUAUUCCAAGUUCCCACCAGAGUUGAAGCAAGUGCCAUUGUAAAAAAAUUAAGCCAAAACAUUGAGAACAUUUACGAAAAUCUGGGAGCAAAUGAUGUCCUCAUACUGCUCUCCUUCAACAGCAACUAUCUAGCGGAGGAGAAAAUUACAGAAACGCUAUUUUUGGCUAAGGACAUAUUUUACGCGAAUGUAGACACAAAUGAUAAAUUAAGCAGCCUUACUGCAAAAAUUAACUCCAUGAAGAACAUCAUCGCCAAGAAACAGAGCGACAAUGAUUUAGUCAAUCUGCACUUCUUGCAGUUUAGGCAUCUCCUCUGCUCGUACGAACGGCACAUUCUCGCAUAUCUUAAUGAGCAAAAGAAUAGUGACCGCAGCAUUUUCAUUUUGAAUUCGCUCACAAAUUUGAAGAACAUUGUGUGUGGCAACAACCGGAAGAAGACCUUCAAUGGUUGGUUUUCCAUUCUGCUCAAGGCGUGA